AUGUUUAAACAAAUAAGUAUAUUGUUGUUGUUAGUUAUCUUGCUUGUCAAUGUUGACCCCAUAAUUUGUGCAAGAAACAAGAGAGAUUGGCUCAGAGAGAAUGAUGCCUUUGUUAGAGGUAUCAAGUUACCUUUGGACAAAUAUAUAUUCCCAGAGUUUAAAGACUUGGGACCAUCGUUCUUUGAACAUGUCAAUCAUGUGAUCAAUGCUAUCUACACAAAUGGCAUUGGUGCGUCAAUGGCCUCGUCAAGAUUCAUCACCUCAAUCUGGGACUAUGUCGCCGAUCAAGAGAACCCGUACACCACCGGCGUCGUCGGUGUCACUGGCGACUACAUUGCUCUGUUACGCGCCUACGUCAAUCCCCAAUCAAUCCUUUACAACGUCAGCGCAACCGAAGAUAAUCGUAUCAAAACAUUGAGCUACCAGAUGAUCCACACCGCAGCACUCGAGUACACCACCAACCUCAAUGAGUUCAACAACAACAUCACCGAUCCUCAGCGUGGCAUCGACUUGAGACAAUCCAUCGUCACCCUAGCCACUACCCUACAGGAGCUGCUUGCCAUUGAUGGGGAGUUCCGCACCUUGCCUCUCGAGCAGUUGACCAUCUUCUCGUUGGCUGCUACAUCACAAGUACUGCUCCUGACCGACAUUGCAAGAUGGGGCACCCGCUGGGGUAUCUCAGGGGACGAUAUGACUGCCUACAACACUCUCUAUCACGAAUCGAUUGUUGAGUACACACUGUACGCCAAGGAUGUGUUUGACGCGACCAACGACCCCAUCGCUGCACUCACCAACAUUGAUGGAUCUGGCCGCUUUGACAACUUCCAAGAGCUGCGCCGUGUCAUCAUUCCCCAAGUGUCUGACUUUGUGGCUAUGUGGUACAACCUCGACCCCAAGAUCGCCAUUGACCGAGGCUUCCAUGCCGAGAGAAUAAGAUAUCUGUUCUCGAGCACCAUUGGCUACAGCGUUGACCAAUCAAUGAUCAACUCAGUUGAUAUCAUGGACUACAUGAGCCCAUCGUUCGAACGUCUGCAAGAGAUGUGGUGGGCACUGGAGCAAGAGGACUACAAGGGCGACCUGACCAGUGUCAACUUCCUACUCAAGGAGAAUGACUUUAUCUACACUGCUCAGCCUGUAUACACGACAAGUCGUCCAAUUACGGGCACCAGCCUUCGCAUGGGCGCAGAGGUUGGCUCGACCAUAAUCGACCAAGGUCAAUCAUCAAUCUUCGAGUGGCGAUUCCCUCCCACAUCCAGUCCACAGAACGUCAGCUACCAGUAUGAUCAUCACCCACGCAAACUCACUCUCUCAGGCAGCGUGGGCCUUGUCCUGGACGGAGGAUGUGCCACAACCGACGACUAUUGUCAUGGCUUCUAUGGAUUGGUCGGCCAGCGUAACAUGGACGACAUUGCAGCACCUGGCCACAAGAUUGGAACUGUCUUUGGCUGGGGUGUCAAUGAGAGGACCACUCUGCUCCCUGCCCUCGAUGCCCUUUCAAUUGGACUUUUGCCAGCCAAUGUGUUCCCCAACAACUUGGUAUUGAAGGACACAACAACCGUGAUCGACGCUCAGAAGUACCAGUCCGUCAGUGGUGGUACAUACUUUGAGCCAGAGUUCUACGGACCUGGUUACCACGUGAUGUUCAUUCCAGUUGGAGGCUCGAUCACCUACCAAUUCGAGUUGAACAAUAUAGUUGACCAAUCAUUCGACCUCUACCUGCGUGUCUCUACCGGAUCCAAGGUUCCCCUCAGUAUCAAGGUAUCUCAGAACACUGUUGACGUUGCCACAUUCACCUUGCCCUACUUCAACAAGAACUCCAUCGUUGACACAACACCUGACUUUGACAUGGUAUUGUCCUCGACCAACGCGACCAACAACAUAUUCACCUUCACAGCUCUCGGUUCAAUUGUUCGUUUGACAUCUGUCAUCUUGGUUCCAAAGUAA